CCCUCUUUGACUUCUGGCCAGGGUUUGUGCUGAGCUGGCUGCAGCCGCUCUCAGCCUCGCUCCGGGCACGUCGGGCAGCCUCGGGCCCUCCUGCCUGCAGGAUCAUGCCCACCACCGUGGACGAUGUCCUGGAGCAUGGAGGGGAGUUUCACUUUUUCCAGAAGCAAAUGUUUUUCCUCUUGGCUCUGCUCUCAGCUACCUUCGCACCCAUCUACGUGGGCAUCGUCUUCCUGGGCUUCACCCCUGACCACCGCUGCCGGAGCCCCGGAGUGGCCGAGCUGAGUCUGCGCUGCGGCUGGAGUCCUGCAGAGGAACUGAACUACACGGUGCCGGGCCCAGGACCUGCGGGCGAAGCCUCCCCAAGACAGUGUAGGCGCUACGAGGUGGACUGGAACCAGAGCACCUUCGACUGCGUGGACCCCCUGGCCAGCCUGGACACCAACAGGAGCCGCCUGCCACUGGGCCCCUGCCGGGACGGCUGGGUGUACGAGACGCCUGGCUCGUCCAUCGUCACCGAGUUUAACCUGGUAUGUGCCAACUCCUGGAUGUUGGACCUAUUCCAGUCAUCAGUGAAUGUAGGAUUCUUUAUUGGCUCUAUGAGUAUCGGCUACAUAGCAGACAGGUUUGGCCGUAAGCUCUGCCUCCUAACUACAGUCCUCAUAAAUGCUGCAGCUGGAGUUCUCAUGGCCAUUUCCCCAACCUAUACGUGGAUGUUAAUUUUUCGCUUAAUCCAAGGACUGGUCAGCAAAGCAGGCUGGUUAAUAGGCUACAUCCUGAUUACAGAAUUUGUUGGACGGAGAUAUCGGAGAACAGUGGGGAUUUUUUACCAAGUUGCCUAUACAGUUGGGCUCCUGGUGCUAGCUGGGGUGGCUUACGCACUUCCUCACUGGAGGUGGUUGCAGUUCACAGUUGCUCUGCCCAACUUCUUCUUCUUGCUCUAUUACUGGUGCAUACCUGAGUCUCCCAGGUGGCUGAUCUCCCAGAAUAAGAAUGCUGAAGCCAUGAGAAUCAUUAAGCACAUCGCAAAGAAAAAUGGAAAAUCUCUACCCGCCUCCCUUCAGCACCUGAGACUUGAAGAGGAAACUGGCAAGAAAUUAAACCCUUCAUUUCUUGACUUGGUCAGAACUCCUCAGAUAAGGAAACAUACUAUGAUAUUGAUGUACAACUGGUUCACGAGCUCUGUGCUCUACCAGGGCCUCAUCAUGCACAUGGGCCUUGCAGGGGACAAUAUGUACCUGGAUUUCUUCUACUCUGCCCUGGUUGAAUUCCCAGCUGCCUUUAUGAUCAUCCUCACCAUCGACCGCAUCGGACGCCGUUACCCUUGGGCUGCAUCAAAUAUGGUUGCAGGGGCAGCCUGUCUGGCCUCAGUUUUUAUCCCUGGUGAUCUACAAUGGCUAAAAAUUAUUAUCUCAUGCUUGGGAAGAAUGGGGAUCACAAUGGCCUAUGAGAUAGUCUGCCUGGUCAAUGCUGAGCUGUACCCCACAUUCAUUAGGAAUCUUGGCGUCCACAUCUGUUCCUCAAUGUGUGACAUUGGUGGCAUCAUCACGCCAUUCCUGGUCUACCGGCUCACUAACAUCUGGCUUGAGCUCCCGCUGAUGGUUUUCGGCGUGCUUGGCUUGGUUGCUGGAGGUCUGGUGCUGUUGCUUCCAGAAACUAAAGGGAAAGCUUUGCCUGAGACCAUCGAGGAAGCUGAAAAUAUGCAAAGACCAAGAAAAAAUAAAGAAAAGAUGAUUUACCUCCAAGUUCAGAAACUAGACAUUCCAUUGAACUAAGAAGAGAGACCGUUGCUGCUGUCAUGACCUAGCUUUGAUGGCAGCAAGACCAAAAGUAGAAAUCCCUGCACUCAUCACAAAGCCCAUACAACUCAACCAAACUUACCCCUGAGCCCUAUCAACCUAGGUCUACAGCCAGUGGAGUCUAUUGUACACUGUGGAAAAAUACCUAUGGGACCAGAUCCUGCCAAGUUCUUCCAGUUCACUUUAUUCUCAGCAUUCCUAGGACAUUGGACAUUGGUUUUCUGGAGGGUUUUUUUUCCAUCUUUGUAUUUUUUUAAAUUUGAUUCUUUUCUUUGCAAUGCUAUCUAACCAGAAUACAUAGGGGAACUGUGGGCCAGGCAAACAAAAUAGAAAAAAGUGUGAAAAACAGUAAAGUUGGGAGAGGAGCAUCUAUUUUCUUAAAGAAAUAAAACACCCAAAACAAUAUAAAGUUGUCCAGAAUGUAUGUCAAGAACUAUAGAUAGGCCUUUCAGUAACAUAGGUGAAGAAAUUUUUAAAAAUACAUUGAUUAUUAUCUAGGUUAGACUUAAAGUGAAUCUCAAAUAAAAGAAUCAGGAAUACAACUUCAGUAAUCAUGAGGUCCUUCCAUAUUUAGACUGGGUAAGCAUGAAUGUGUAUUUUCUACAAAAGACCUUGAGAAGAGUUCAAUAAAAAGUGUUAGCGUUAUAAAACCAUUGAUGAUCAUUUUUUAGUCUGGUAAAAAUGUCUCAACAUUUGUGGAUUUUAAAAUACAUGUUAAUAUUUUAUAAAAGUAAUAUUAUGAAUACAUUUUUAAAAGCUAAAUAUCAUAAGGCUUAUAAUGAAAACAAAAUUUCCUUGCCCUAUUUCACCUCUACUAAUUUCUCAGAGAAAAUUUUCAACUCUUUUAGGUGAAUUUUCCCCCUGAGAUUCAUCUCCAUAUAUAUAAAUAACUUCUUUAUAUUGACAUUUCUUGAUUUUUCAGCUUAAAUAUUAUCUAUUUACUUUUUAAUAUAAAAGAUAAAAAUGUAACUCUCUUCAUCUCUCCCUUCAUCCCAACACACAGCUUUUCUGUUCCCUUUAAACUUUGUCACAUUUUUAUUAAAUCAAAUACUGAACUUUCAUGUCAUUAUGGCUAUUAACACUGAGUCAUUUCGUGUACUAUGAUUAUGCUUCCUUUCUUUUACAGUACCUUGCUUUUCCUGAACACUGCUUUUUAUUGUUUUGUUUUCUACAUAUUCAUCAUUAAUUUUCCUCCAAGCUGUCUGACAGAAUAAUAGCUCUCCCCUCAAUGUAUUCAAAUACUUCACACAUUGGUUUCUCUUCUUUUCUUUUGUUCUGAGAGACCUCCCACAUGUAGCCCCCAGCCCUCCUACUCCACUUUCGCUUGGUGGAUCUCUAGGUCUGCAGCAGAGCUGUUGCCCUGGGCUCUCUUUCCCCACAUUCCUGAGUGUUCCUUUUGUCUCCUGUCUCCUAGAUGCCAUCUCCUUCUUGAUUUUUGUCACAUUUUAAAGAAGCAUAAUUUCCAAUAGCUUCCUGAGAAAGCAGGUAUGCCUGUCCUCCUGCACUCUCUUCUGUGGCAUCAACUGUUGAAACCUGAAAAUGACAUUUCUCAGACCCUUCACCACCUGGCUUCCUAUACGGCUCUACCAGUGGGUCACACUGGCCAGAGAUGGGAAGGAAGGAGCAAGAGAGAAGAGAAACAUUGAUAUUAUAGGCUGUAGAAUUGCACCAUAGGCUGAAUUCAUACCCUCAUCAGGUCUCUUAAACAAAAGUUACAAAAUGGGUAGGAAGGAGGGAAUCUCAGAACUGGAAUGGAGACACUGACUGAACCCAAAUGAAUCUGAAGAUCUUGAACCCCCAUGAUAUAGUUAGGCUCUGUGUCCCCACUCAAAUCUCACCUUGAAUUGUAAUAAUCCCCACGUGUCAUGGGAGGUACCAAAUGCAACAUAAUUGAAUCAUGGGGGCAGGUUUUUCCUGUGCUGUUCUUGUGGUAGUGAAUAAGUCUCAUGAUAUCUGAUGGUUUCAUAAUAGGGAAUUCCCCUUUACAUGCCAGGACUCCUCUUGCUUUCUGUCAUGUAAGACGUGCUUUUGCUCCUCCUUUGCUUUCCACCACAAUUGUGAGGCCUCCCCAGCCAUGUGGAACUGUAAGCCAAAACUUUUUCCUUUGUAAAUUACCCAGUGUGGUAUGUCUUUAUUAGUAUCAUGAGAACAGAAUAAUACAAUAAAUUGGUACCAGUG